GCUAGGGAAUGUGUUGAUACUGUGUUGUAUGUUGCUGUACAACAGGUAUCAUGCUACCUAACGAAGAAUGAAAUGGUUUCAUUUGUUUUUAAAACUGCAUUGACAAAAGUUAUGUAGUUUUAAGAAGUCUUUCAUCCCGAAGCUCUGCUCAAAAAUGGUUGCGCUUUCAUUGCGGUGAAUUGUGAUUUUUGGGCAUGCCUUAAGAGUUAACUUUACUCAGUUACUGAGUUAGGCCUAGCGUAGCAGUGUGUGUACUGGCGUUCAACAUGGUGUGUUGUUAGAGCUGGUACUUGGGGACCACAGCAGCCUUUGAAUGUUUGUCAAAGCUGGCUGUGAAGUGGAAGCAGUUAGACUUUUGUGGGACUUUAUGAUGUCAGGCUGGGCUCGCAGAAUGCAUAGAGGAGCAGCAACCAUUGGAAAUGUUGUCACCUCGUGUGGACAUUCCACUGUUCCUUAUCCUACCCAUAUGGAAAAAGUUAAAUUUGGUGUUCCAUUGGACCAAGUUUGUAAACAGGAUAUUCCUGGCCCACUUUUGGUGUUAAUAUUAAAACUCAACAAGGAGGGUCCUUACAAGAAAGAUGUAUUUCGAGCACCUGGGCAUCAAGGAAACAUGAAGAAACUGGUUCAUUUUCUUCAGCAUGGGCGUCUUGUCAAUAUUGACAAUUUUUCAGUAUACACAAUAGCUUCUGUAUUAAAGAAAUUUCUCAGGAAACUUCCAGGUGGUAUUUUUGGUCCACAAAAUGAAGAGAGGCUCUUCAGUAUCAUUGAUCUCGAAAACACUGAUGAAAAAUGUGAUGAAAUUCAUAGGUUAAUCAUUUCUCUUCCUUCUGUUGCUCAACAUUUACUGGUGCUUCUCUUUGGAACAUUCCAUACCAUUGCCACUUCAGCUGAGAGGGCCCAAACUGGCAUGUCCUCAGAAGCUCUUGGGGUCAGUGUUGCUCCCAGUUUUUUUCAGUCAUGUGUUAGUAAUGGAAAAAUGGCAAAAAUGGAAGAUGUCAUCAGAUUCAAGGUAGCAACUCGAAUAAUGAAGUUUUUGAUAGACAACUUUGGGGUCAGCAACCUUUUCGGACGAGAGAAUUACGAAUAUUAUGCACGUAUAACAGGUCAUGUAUUAAAAGUUGAAGAAGAUUGGGUUUUUGCCUUCCGUUAUCCACCAGAUACUCUUUUAUCCCGAAAAGCCUCGUUAGAGGCUGAGAAAUUGUGGCUUCAUCAGGAGGCUGAACGGUGGGGGCUGAGAGUUAACUUGGAAGCUAUAUCUUCCCAAGAGGAAUGCCAAAGUACCCCAGCUCUUAUACAUGCUAGUGAACCAAUGGUAAUGGCAGAGGGGCCACCACCUAGUGGAAGUCUCACAAACUUGGGGGAGGGAUAUGCUCGUCUGAGCUUGUCUUUAGAAGAAAAUGGUCUUUACAAGAACAGUGUUUCCCAACAUUUUCAAGCCCAGGCAUACCAACCAACUACCCUAAUCUGGACUUAUGAAAACUCAGCCACUUGACACUUAUUUCCAUGUGGACUACAAAGUCAUUGGAGUGGAGCGUGGAUACCACCCCAUGCGUACAUACCAAAAAAGCAAGACAGAAUAUGCUUUGGUUCUGUCAACAAAACAUCCAUAUAAAUCAUAAGUUUCAUUUAUUUAUUUAUUUUUCUUGUAUAUGACUUUUCUAAAAUUCCCAGGCACAUCUGAUGCAUGCCAGUUGGGAAGUGCUGAUGUAGACAGUCAUAACAAUUAAGACCAAGCUUUAUAUGGUAAAAAGUUUAUUUUGGAUUCAUCCCUGUGUUGUAUAUAAUGGCUUGAUUGAUGUAGAAAAUCAAAAUCAUAACAAGACUGAGCAUGGUAGAGAAUUUUAUUUCAGUGAACUCUUUAGAAAUAUUGCACCCACAAAUGUGUAGUUGGUUUAAAAUAAUUUUUUUUUUCUUACAUAUAAGAGCAUUAACUCUUCUAAAUAAACUGUUUUUCUGUCACUUUCAAAAAAAAUUAAACAAGAAGGUACAGUGUUACAGAAUUUAAAAGAAAAAAAUAACGUUUUUAAUUCAUGCUUUAUUAGGAAGCAUUCAAAUUAUUCAAAGUUCUUGAGUGGAUUAAAAUUUUUAAACUAAUAUACUUAGGUUUUAUUUCCGUUAGGACAAUUUAUUAUAUAUAUCCCAUUUUUCUUUCCUGGUAUUGUUUCAAUAUUGUUUUUGUAUAUAUCAAAGUAUUAUUUACAUGUUUGAACCAGUUAUAGCAUAUGUAGAUAGAUUUUGUCAUUAGUAUUUAAGUAUAAAAUUAAUUUAAUUAUGGAAAGUAACAUUACGUUUUACCUUGAAUCUAGCUUGCUGUGAAUUAGGUUUUUUUAACAUCAAAAUAGGGUAUUGACGAAAUACUAGGAAAUGUUUACAAGUUAAUUUCACAUUUUGUAUGGCUGGUUUUGUGAGUGUUUGGAUGAUCAGAGUUUGCCAGUUCUGAAUAUACACAAAUAUUAAGUUUGAAAAUCAGAUUUACUUUACAUUAACUAAGUUAACCGCACGUUUGUAUUACUUAAAGGUGAAAUAUUAUUAUUCAAAAAAUUUUAAAUGGUUAAACCAGGGAUUCCCAACCUUUUUGUUCCUCUAUACCCCCUGGGCAUUCUCUCCCAAAGCACUAAUGGAGGGAGAAGAGCUUGCCCAGUUGGCUGAUCCCUAGUUUAUCAGCUGAUUUGUAACGAGGGUGCUCUAUAUUGCUUAUGUUCUACAUUACUUAUUGAAAACGUGAGUUAUAAUGUAGCACAGCAAUAACAUCACAACGUUCACCAUGAUCACAACUUUUUGUCUAAAGAGCGUAUAUUUAUGUAAGUCACUUUGCUUUCUUUGUCUGACUGUAGAUUAAAACACCAUGUAAAGUGUAAACCAGGGUUAUACUCUCAGACUCCUUUGUACCUGAAAAGUGCAGGUUGGGAAUGUCUGGGUUAUACAUUCGCAGUAAUAGAAAAACGCUCAGAUGAAUCUUAUAUCCUGUUAAUGAGACCACGUGAGGCGUAGGAGUUAGUGGCUAGACUUUGGAUUCGAAUUUCUACGGUCGGCGUCCAGAUAUCGCAGAAAAAAAAAUAGAAUCGCGCCCUGCAAUUUGGAGUCGUUCAUGUGUUAUAAGAGUGGUUGUCCAAUCCCAUUUUAAGUAGAGUAGCCCAAGAGUUGGCGCUGUUGACUAGCUGCCUUCCCUCUAGUUUAUCGGUUUAAAAUUAGGGAUUGCUGGUGUGGCUUUGCGCGCAUAUCCAAUAAACAAACAGUACUCAUAUUGAAUGUCUGUGCCACUCUUAUAUAGUGGUAAACGCGACGUAAUGAAAUCAUUAUAGGCUUUCUAACCCUUCUAAUGGGUUAUUCAUUAAAAUCAGUUUAUUUGUUGAAUCAUUGACACUGAAAAGUGCUUCAGCUAUGAUGCCUCUUUUGUUUCGUCAUAAAGAAAUUGAUCACACAAAACUUUCUUGGAUAUGCCCUUAGAAUUAAUCGAGAAUGUGUUAGUUUGAAAUUUACGUUAUUCACGUCGAUGUCUAACAGUGGGAGUGUAUUAAAAAGAAAACAUUAAAAGUAUUUGCGAUUUCGUUAAAUAAUGCUUACAUUCGGACCAAACAGUGUAAAAUAUUUCCUCGCAAAAACAAGUAAACAAAUUUAUUAUUAAGGUUUAAAGAGAACUAAAGAGUAAUAAGUAAGACAUAAAUUAGUUUCACGUGCUUACAGGUUAGCAAUUAAACUUGUAUUUCUAAUUACACGAAAUGUUAAUCAUAUAUGAGAAGAAAAAAAUGAGAUUUCGUUUAAGAAUAAUAAUAUUAUGACAGCCAUAAUGUUUUGCUACCUACAUAUUUUGAAAACUGAGUUAUAUAAUGAAUGUAAUGUGAUUUGAGAACAAGCUUAGUGAACGGUAAACAUUUGUUUCACGUAUUUUUUAUUUUUUAAAGAUGUGCCUUCCUAAUGAUCACGACGUUCAACUGUUUUCUGGUGUAAAAAAUAUUACUUUUUUUAUGGCAUUGUUACUCAUUUCUCACAGAAUUUUUCCGCUGCCAAUAGUAUCUGCUCGCGAGAAGUUGACGACUCCGCUUCACAAUUACAACAGUCAUCAUAUCAUGCCCUGUUAGAAAUGAUGAACAGUGAACGUUAAACAACGAAAUCUGAUUGGUCAAUAAGAAGUGUCUCUCCAUAUCUUUCGUGAAUCAGUUAACUUGUUUCCAAUUUAAGUAACAGAUUUUCUACCUCUACUUUUUGUAGCAGCUACAAGAAGUAACGUAUUAUCAACUACUCGGAUUUGAUUUUGUUGUUUUAUAUCACUUGAAAAUAGUAAACUAUUAAGCGAAUAUUAUGCAUUCGCAGUUUUCACAUAUUAUAAAUGCUCACGUUCUUCCUCACCAUAUGUAUAGUUGGAGCACGAAUGCUCAGUUCAGUGAAGUCUUAUUUCAGUGAUGUUUUAUGCUUUUUGACGGUACAAAUGUGAAAAGGCUGAAAAUAUUCUUUCUGUAACUCGUUAUUUAGGGACGUCUGGAAGAAAUAUGUUUGUCAUUGUUUUGGUUCAUGUCAGUGUGAAACGUACAGCUCGUAGUUUGUUUUUUAAUUGUUUUGCUAAUAUUGGUGUUUUCAGCUGUAAUGAAGUACGUUUCUAUAAUAACGUAUAAUUUGUAUUUAUACAAAAGCAAAAAAAAAAGACCAAGAUACUGCUCGACCAAUGCCGUUUAGACGGUUUUCCCUCGUCUGAUUAUUAUUGGGUUGUAUGUGUACGUGUGGAAAUCCUUUUGACAACUUAAUAAUUUAAGAAAUUCUAAAGUCUUGGUAUGAAAUGUGAAGUGUACUUUUUAAGAUUCACGAGAAUAAAACUUGCAUAUAUUGCUA